AUGAAACAUUCAAGAACCACAUUACUUGCCUUUGUCUUCCUCGUUAUCAUCAUAGGGGAAUCAAACUCAUCAUUAGCAAAUUCCGAGACUUUCACACAAUGUCUAACCUCAAACUCCGACCCUAAACAUCCCAUCUCCCCCACCGUGUUCUUCUCCGGAAACCGCUCCUACUCCUCCGUACUAGAAGCCAACAUCCGUAACCUCCGCUUCAACACCACCGCAACUCCAAAACCCUUCCUCAUAAUCGCGGCCACACAUGAAUCACACGUUCAAGCCGCGGUUACUUGCGGCCGACGUUACAACCUCCAGAUGAAAAUCAGAAGCGGAGGCCACGACUAUGACGGCUUAUCAUACGUUACGUACUCUGGGAAGCCGUUUUUCGUUCUCGACAUGUUUAAUCUUCGGUCAGUUGAUGUUGACACGGCGAGUAAAACCGCGUGGGUCCAAAGCGGUGCCAUUCUCGGUGAAGUUUACUACUAUAUAUGGGAGAAGAGCAAAACCCUAGCUUAUCCCGCGGGGAUUUGUCCGACGGUUGGUGUCGGCGGCCAUAUUAGCGGCGGAGGUUAUGGUAACAUAAUGAGAAAAUACGGUCUCACCGUCGAUAAUACUAUCGAUGCAAAAAUGGUCGACGUCAAUGGUAUAAUCAAUAUCUCUAGCUUCCUAAUUCUAUACUCUGAUUAUUUUUAUCGUAUUAAUCAAGGUUCUGAAAUGAACAAGGCAGUGAUCAUAUUAAUUAACCAGAUCUGUUAA